UAUCGACAGAAACUUAACCUCUAUCGUGGAACGUCAGACGUUCGUUCGGUCGCACCAAAUGUCAUGGGAAUGUCGUAAAGGACAAAUAACGUUAACUAAACCGACUUUCGUCGUUCGUUAAUCUGUCUUACGCAACGGACAGAGUUAUAUUAUUAAUAAUAACGAUAAGAUUACUCCCGUUUAGUCGCGUUGCGUCGCGUAAUGAACGCGAAACAGCGCGUAACGAUGCCUCCUCGACUUGUGCUGAGAACGAGCGUAGACAACGUACGGACUAGAACGUUCAUACAUUAGUUUCUUGUGAAUCAAAGCAGUGUACGGUCACACGGUGUAGUGAACGCGUUAUUCAAACCUAUUUAUUUCAUUGAUAAUUCACCAGGUUGUACUCGUUUCACUAUUUCAUCUCGUUUUGUGACAGUUUACGAUUAUUGAAACAUGGGUACCGCUUCAAACGCGACAUAUUUAGGGCUCGAUCUCAGCACGCAGCAGUUGAAAGCGGUAGUCGUUGAUAAUAAUCUCGUCGUUCUCCACGAAUCCAGUGUACAAUUCGACAAUGAUCUGCCAGAAUUUAGAACGUACGGAGGAGUCAUUCAAAAAAAGGAAGAGCAACACGUUGUGGUGGCUCCCACCUUGAUGUGGGUUAAGGCCCUAGACAUGAUACUUGAUAAAUUGCGAGUGUGUGGUGUCGAUUUUAGCAAAGUGGCUGCUAUUUCAGGAUGUGCACAGCAACAUGGCACAGUUUACUGGGGCAAGGGCAGUCGAAAUCAUUUGCAACGAUUGGAUCCUGCAAAAUUCUUACACGAACAGCUCCUUGCCUCUUUCUCGGUGGCACAGUCACCUGUGUGGAUGGAUUCUAGCACCACUAAGGAAUGCAAUGUUUUGGAAGAAAUCGUGGGCGGUCCUAAAAAAUUAGCAGAGAUAACGGGAUCUCGGGCGUACGAGAGAUUCUCAGGACCUCAAAUAGCGAAGAUAGCUCGCAGGAGACCGGAAGCUUACAACAAUACCGAGCGAAUCUCUUUAAUUAGCAGUUUUUUGGCUUCCUUAUUCUUGGGCGACUUUGCGCCUAUUGAUUGGUCCGAUGGAUCUGGAAUGAACUUGUUAAAUAUUCAUACGAAAGACUGGGAUGACGUAUUACUGGAGGCUUGCGCUUCAGGUUUGAGAGAAAAACUAGGUAAACCUGUUUUCUCGUGCACCGAUAUCGGCCCAAUUUCAUCCUAUUUCGUAGAAAGAUUCGGCUUCGACGAGGCAUGCAGGAUAAUUGCGUUCACGGGCGACAAUUCUGGUUCUCUAAUAGGGAUGAGAUUGAAAGAAGGAGAUAUCGCUUGCAGUUUAGGAACGAGCGAUACUCUGUUUUUAUGGUUGAACAAACCAAAAACUGUCUUGGAAGGACACAUAUUUUCUAAUCCACUUAAUGAAGACGCUUACAUGGCAUUACUUUGCUUUAAAAAUGGAUCUCUAACUCGCGAAAGAAUACGAGACACCGCAGCACAGGGAUCUUGGCAGAUCUUUAACGAAUUAUUAGAAAGCACACCACGGGGUAAUUUCGGAAAUCUAGCCUUGUACUUCGAUGCACAAGAAAUUUUGCCGUUUGUCAUUGGUGAUCACAGAUUUAAUAAAGCGAAUGAUGAGAUUUCUCGGUAUAGUUCAAAAGAGGUUGAAGUGAGAGCUUUAAUCGAGGGUCAAUUUGUCGCGAAAAGAGCUCAUGCUGAGGACUUUGGUUUCGUUAUUGGGCCUAAUACACGCGUUAUUGCAACAGGGGGUGCAUCUACAAACAAAGCCAUACUGCAAGUGCUUUCUGAUGUUUUUAAUUCUCCAGUUUAUAUAUCGGAAAUAGCCAAUUCAGCUAUGAUGGGCGCAGCCUAUCAAGCAAAACACGGUUUGUUACGAAACGAAUGCAACUUUGACGAAAUAACGCGUUGCUUGCCAGAACCAAAGCUAGUGUGCCAUCCUUUCGAUGACGCGGAAUCAAUAUAUAAAUUAAUGGUUGCACGGUAUCGGAAAAUAAUAGAACAAAUUAAAAAGAAAACAAAUACAAAAUGAAGUACGUAAAUAGGUAAUAUAUACCGCAGUUCACCAGAGUCCAUAACUGCGACGCGC